GCCAUCUUCCCUCUUCCUGCCUAAUGUUUUGAAUGAAGUGCAAUAUUUAUCAAAUGAGAAAAGCGUUUUACGGUGGCGGAGAGUGUCAAAUUCGGACGUUUAUAAUGUCAUGCUGUCGCCACCGUGAGGGUAAUUAUUUUGGGACAGAAACCACUGACAUCUUCCUUGCAUAAAUGAUGGCAACAACGCCCAAGUUAAUGAGAGCCAUUCGAGUGAGUGAGUUUGGAGGACCUUCAGUUUUGAAACUCUGCUCCAACAUACCUGUGCCAAAUCCAGGUCAGAAACAGGUGCUAAUCCAUGUGCAUGCAUGUGGAGUAAACCCUGUGGAGACCUACAUCCGCUCUGGGACCUACGCCAGGAAGCCCAGCCUGCCCUACACUCCAGGGACUGAUGUGUCCGGGGUUGUGGAAGCUGUCGGAGACAGAGUCCAACUCUUACAGGCUGGUGACCGUGUGUUCACCACCGCCACAGAGACAGGAGGGUAUGCUGAAUACACUGUUGUGUCUGAGGACUGUGUCCACCGCCUGCCAGACCCCUUAGACUACAAACAGGGAGCUGCCAUUGGGAUCCCCUACUGCACAGCGUACAGAGCUCUCUUCCAUAAAGCACAUGCUAAAGCAGGCGAGACAGUACUCAUCCAUGGAGCCAGCGGCGGGGUGGGGGUGGCAGCGUGUCAGAUGGCCAGAGCCUUGGGUCUGAGGGUCCUGGGGACAGCAGGAACCACAGAAGGACUGGAGCUGGUCCUGAGGAAUGGAGCUCACCAGGCCUUCAACCACAAAGAGGAAGGAUAUACUAGCAAAAUCAUGGAUGCUACCAAGGGGCAAGGGGUAAAUGUGAUUGUGGAGAUGCUGUCUAACGUGAACCUCAGCAAUGACCUGCAGAUGCUGGCCUACGGGGGGAGAGUGACGGAAGAGAAGGCUGAGUGUGCCGCGGCCCUGUUUGCAGGGAUGGAUGCUGGUUGGCUGAAGCCUGCUGUAGGAAAACAGUACACACUGGACAUGGCCUACCAGGCCCAUAUUGACAUCAUAGACUGCCCUGGGGCUUCUGGGAAGAUGGUACUGACCAUGUGAAUGGAACAGCUGUAGGAUUACUGUGAAAUGUUACUGAUUUACAUUGGGAUGAAAUUCUGAUUACAUUACAUGUGUUUCAUGCAUAUGGAAUUAAAAUUGCUUAAAAUCUUGCCACAGACGAAGAUGGAGUGGCUCACUUUCGGUGAUCUUCGUGAUUAAUCAUGUGCAUUUCUAAACCAAGUUGUCAUUUCAAUGCAUUGGGUCAAUAAGAAAAAAUGUUGAAAAUAACAUUUUAAUUGAAUGCCAUUUUUGUAAAAUAUUACGAAGGGAAUGCCUCCUUUUCCAGAUUAAAUAAUAGCGUUGA